AUAAUAGAUUUAUUAAAUAAAAUAUAAUAUUUUACAUUUUAUGCCAUACAGUCCUAUAUCUACAUGCAGUUCAUAAAUAUUGUUAUAUAUGACGAUUUUAAAAGUGCUACAUUUAACAUAUUUUACAUAGAUUGGUGAUGACAGUGGAUUCCAUGGCAGCGGGAAUUUCAAAAUGGCGGCCGAUAGUAAACAAAAUGGAGUACUGUUGCACUUGUUUUUGUAGACCACUUUUUAUUUUCAUUAUUAAAAACGAUAAAUUUAAAUGUCAAAAGAUAUCUUGCACAAACUCGUUUUUAAAACAUAUUUUAUGUAAAAUGAAUGCAUAAAGCACUUAUUUACUCUUGUAUUAGUGGAUUUACGCUGGCCAACCGUUGAAUUGAACAAUCACACAAUGUGCAAGUUUUAACAUGUUUCAUAAUACAUUGGAUUGGAAGGGAAGAGUGCUCGAUCAAUGAACUGAAUAAUGAUCUUGAAUAAGUGCCAAAUUCCUUAUUUGUGUACAAAGUUAUAAAUACUUUAAGAAGAAUGACAACACUGUAUGAAUGUCUGAGAGAAGCAAGAUUGGACCAUUUUUACCCAGCAUUUAGAGCAAAUGGGAUCACCCGUUCAGAAACCCUUAUCACUUUGGGAAUGGCAGAGUUUUGUGCCUUGGGCAUAACAACUGCAGAAGACAAGAGGAGACUUGUGGAACUUAUAAAUAUAGUAAAAUCUGUUCACAGGACUAGUCACGCAAGCAGCCCAACUGUCCAGAGACAAACAAAUAGGUUUCGUCCUUCUAUAAAUGCAAGUCCUAGCUCUGCUUUAAUUGACGGCAGUCAAACUCCUGUCAGAGGAAGUAAUCAGACAAAGUCAAGAAAUAUUUCUAACAACAGAAGCUCAAACUACCUGGGUAUUUUAAAUACACCAGUGCGUUUAGAGCCAUCCAGAAAUGUUGUUGUUCAGGAUAGAAUUCCAAAUUUCUCAGUUUCGUCAUAUAUGGAUAUGCUGCAGUAUAUGAGUGACCAAUCAGAAAGUAGUGGAGAAGAGUCAGAUGUUGCAAAACCUUUUGUUCCAGUGGCCAAUAGAAAAACAUCAUCACCCUCCUUGGGAAGAAGCUCUGUGUCAAAAUGGCCUAAUGUGGAAAGAGUAAAACAUUCCAAAUCCAAAGGAUAUAAUUAUGGUGUGCAUAAAAUUAAUACGCCAACAAAAAGUAAGGCAAAAUCUGGAGCUCAGCGUCACACUGCUGAUGAAAAGAUAAAAGUUUGUGUUCGUAAAAGGCCUUUAACCAAAAGAGAGUUAAAAGCCAGAGAAGAGGAUAUAGUUAAUGUUGAAAGUACAAAUACUUUGGCAGUAAAUGAGCCAAAAUUGGCAGUUGAUUUAAAGGCCUAUACUUUACAGCAUGAGUUUAUGUUUGAUGAAGUAUUUGAUGAAACCUGCACAAAUGAAGAUGUCUACAUCAGAGCUGCUAGACCACUCAUAAAUUGUGUUUUCAAUGGAGGCACAGCCACGUGUUUUGCUUAUGGCCAAACUGGUGCAGGGAAAACCCACACAAUGCUUGGAAAUGUAAAUACCCCAGGACUUUACUUGCUAGCUGGGCAAGAUAUUUUUAACAUCAUCCAGUCAGAAAAAUAUGGCAAAGAUCUUCAUGUAUGGGUCAGCUUUUUUGAGAUUUAUUGUGGUCAGCUGUUUGAUUUGUUAAAUAAAAGAAAUAGGUUGCAUGCAAGAGAAGAUGGCAGUCACCAAGUUUGUAUUGCAGGACUAACUGAAACAGAGGCAACAUCAGUUACUUCCCUUGUACAGAUUUUAGAAUAUGGAAAUUCUGUGAGAAGUAAAGGAGCUACAGGUGUCAAUCCAGAUUCUUCCAGAUCUCAUGCUAUUUUACAACUGGAUAUAAGAAAUGGGGAAGAUAUCAAAAUAGGAAAAAUAUCAUUUAUUGACCUUGCUGGGAGUGAAAGAGCUUCUGAUGUUACAGAUACUGAUAAACAGACUCGAAUGGAGGGGGCCGAAAUAAAUCAAAGCUUGCUAGCACUGAAAGAGUGUAUAAGAUCUAUCGACCAAGAAAGUAGGCACACUCCAUUUAGACAGAGUAAAUUGACUCAUAUAUUAAAAGAUUCUUUUGUAGGUAACUCUCGAACAUGUAUGAUUGCCAACAUAUCACCUACACAGUCAUCAUGUGAAAAUACUAUCAAUACACUUCGUUAUGCAGACAGAGUGAAAGAGUUAAAAAGAGAAGGUGUUCGUUCCAGUUCAGUUGGACAAGCUAUGAACUUAUUAAUGAACAUUCCUCCCACUGCUCCUUCAGUAUUUCAUCCAUCAAACAUUCUUUCAACCUCAACACCACAAAGGCAGACAACACAUUCCAGACGAGACAGAAUGACUGACAUUGUAAUUGACCCAUCUGAAACACCAAUAAGAGGACACAAUAUGCCCAGGUGGACACCUGUCAAAGAUGGAUCUAAAAAUAGAAAUGUUACUUCACCAAGUCCCAACACAAUGAGUCGCCAUGAAAAAAGCACAUCAUCGGCACCAGUUGUUCCUCCGGGAUCAUCAGCCAGGUUUUCUACUCAUGCCACAGCUGCAUCCCAGGGUGCUUCGGCACCUCCACCAGAUGCUUCUCCAAGUGAAUCAGAUGUUACUGACACAGAUUCAUGCAAUGUCACCCAUCCCAUAAACAAUAAAUACUCUAGCUCUAAUAGACCUGUGGCAAAAUCAUCUGACACAGAAUUUGAAUUCCCUACUUCAGAUUUUAAUGACCUCAAUGACUUAAAUCGAACUGGUGAAAAUCAGGCAAUAUUGUCCCAGCCCCCACCUGCCACAGAAGACCAAGCAGUAUCUGCUGCAUCAGCGUCUAUGGAAACAGUAAUCUCUGGCAUUAUAAGGGCACCAGCAGUAAAGCCAGUGGUUUAUAAGUCAAUGGACCCAGGUGCAGAAAUUGUUGCAGAGAACUCUACUAACUCACCAGGUUACUUUCCUUUAGCUUCAAAUGUCUCACAAAAUUUUAUUCCUUCUUUAACAAAAGCAAUUAAGCUGAUAGAGCUUGAAGAAGCUGAGAGAGACUACAAAAAAUCUUUUAUUCAAGAACUAAUGAGAAGUAGUGAUGAUAGCAUUGAUGAUGAAGUCCUUCUUGCUGAAGAUACUAACUCUGAAAUACCUGAGUUACAAAAUCAAAAUGUUGCAUCCAUUACUCCAACAGUUGGCAUACGAAAUAACAAUGUUAUGAUUCCGUUACCAGCAGAAAGCAGUGAUCUAACUAAAUUUACACAGAGAAUCCCUUUUAAAGCAUUUGAGAUGAAACCUACAGGCUUAAAUGAUUUAACUAGCAAGCCCAUUUCUCUUAUACCUCAGCAGCAAGACAUACCUUUACCUAGCACACCCUUAUCUCUUACUAAUCACAAUAGGCCAGGAUCUGCUCAGAGCAAAUCUCCAGCACCAAAUACUGGCUCCACAGCAAUAGAUGCUACAAACAUUUUUACUCAGCAAGAGCAAAUACCAGUACGGCAGCUACCAAGGCCUAAAACGAAAACCCCUAAUUCUGAACCAAACAUCAUUCCUCCUUAUCCAGUUCAACAAAUCUCUAAGUCUCCUCAGAUGACUACAGUUGACUAUGAUAUGGAUCAAAGUCCUAGACUGCAGCAUCACAGUGAUCCAUCAGAGUUUCGAUUCAGAUCAACCAUAUCACAAUCUCCCACAGGGGAACACAGUGAUGACUCCACAGACAGCAUUCGGCAAUCUUUUUCAGAUCAAGGUCAAGGUGGUUACAGGCAUUUCAAGGACAGAGAAGUUGUUAAUAUGCGCAAAGAGAAAAGUGACCCGAUGUUGGCAUUGGAUAUGCAACGCAAGAAACAAACAUUGCCAGAUCCUCAGAAUUUUUCAAAAAUUUUAACAAGGAGUAAUACUCCAAAAUCUGUAAGGACUAAUAAAGAGGCUAGUCUGAAGGUGUCACAUAAUGAUAUAGUUUCAAUCAAACCUUCCCUUGUUGAAAAACAAGAGAGCAAUGAAAAUAAUAAGGGGGGCCAGUCAUCACACAUCAGCCCUAGAUCUGAGCAAACAAUUGACUUGGAAAAAGACAAUCUGAAAAAACAAGUUGAAGAUACCAGACCAAAAGGAAAGCAACUGCCACAAGUUCCAUUUCUGAGACAAGAUGUUCCAUCUAAAUCAAACUCAGUGAUUGUGACAGAAAAGCUUAUGGCUGGUGCAGUUUUCUCCCCUAUUCACCCUCAACCAGUGACCAACAUGGAAAAAAAGUUGCAUGCGGAUUCUAUAACAACACCAUCUGCUACUGUGCAAGGAAGUCCUGCACCAUCAACUGAAAACACAGCUGCUAACAGUGGGGGUGAACAUAGUCAAGCUCUUCAGGAUGAAAGAAUACGAUUAAUAACAUCGCAUGAAGACCAACUUGCUACAGUCACACAGCUAUGUAAAAAUGAGAUGCGUCUGCUACUAAAUGCAAAGAAAAUAUCAGGCAAAAGAGGUUUUGAUGAAUAUGUUCGACGUGUGGAUGACAUCUUGCAGCAGAAGAUGAACGUGAUUGCAUCACUCCAUGAAGAGAUCUCCCUGUAUAUCACAAACAACACACAAAGUCACUCUGUUCUGUCCUCUGUGGCUGUUUCUACUUCUUCUAUCAACAGUGCUUCAUCCAGUCAUGACAGUCAUUUACAAUUUGUCAGCACAAACAGAUAAAAAACCACUUCACAUUUCAUUCAGCUUUAAUCACUUUUAGUAAACGAUUGCUGCUUUGCAUUGCAUAGAACUAUUGUUUCAAAAAAUAAAAAAAAUUAAAUUAUUUUCAUUAUUUCAUCCAUGAUAAAUCAUACACAAAUCUCCCCCCUUCCCUAAAAACAAACAAACUGCACGGUCUGUGACAGAUAUAUCACCAUGAUGUAAAUAUUGAUCUGCUUUAGUUUGUCAUUGGAGAAUCUCUGUACAGAAACCAAUAAUGUUUUUACUGGCCCCUCCCCCCUUUAACUUUGUAUUUGUACGACAAUUCUUUAUCACAUUCUGAUGAUUCAUUGAAAUACUAAAGGUUGUGCUUAAUGGGACAGAUUGUAUUUUACAAAAUCAUGUUUUGAUCAGUUGGAAUCCAAAUUAUAAGAUAAAGCAUGUUUUUAAUGAGUCUUUUAAAAACUUUGAAGGGAUUAAAGUGGUUGUUAAAAUGUGUCUCCAGGCUAGUUUUUAUUGCCAUUAAUCUGUAUCCCAAGAUCUGUACAAGCAGUUGAGGUUAAAACAUUUUUAAUGCUCCCCAUUAGAAAGUUGAAUAUAUGCUUUAUACUAUCUGUGACUGUUUUACUGCUGUGGGCUUUUUUUUAAAUACUGUCCGUAGCUUUGCUUUAAAGAAAUGUGCAUUCACUGUAUAUAUAAACUAUGAAUACUGUCUGUAGCUUUGCUUUAAAGAAAUGUGCAUUCACUGUAUAUAUAAACUAUGAAUACUGUCUGUGGGCUUUGUUUUAAUACUGUCUGUAGCUUUGCUUUAAAGAAAUGUGCAUUCACUGUAUAUAUAAACUAUGAACAUUGGUCACAGUAAUUUGAACUUUUCAACAUGUUGGUAAUUCACACAGAAACUUGUGAGUAAAAUAAAUUAUUUAAAUUACUUGAAA